ACGCAUCUUAGUCACGAGUAAACAAACAAACGAUUGCGUUACGAGGCAACGAGAAGAAAAAUAACGAACAUGUCCCUGAUGCCGUAUUGGUUGCGACAUAUGAGAAAUCUAGCGUAUCGGGACCCGGUCACGAGGAUCCUCGAAGACCCGUUUGCAGUUUUCGCGAGGGACCCUUUCUUCAGAGACCCGGCUAAAUACAUCAGGCAAGUCACAGCGCCUUUGGAAUCGGAACAUGCUAUUGAAGGGAUCUACUCUGAUGCCGAGUUAAAGGUCGACGGUAAGAAGGUGGAAGUUCACCUGGAUGUUCAGAACUUUACACCGGAACAGAUCCAGGUGAAGACAGUCGGUAAUGAGAUCACGGUCGAGGGGAAGAAGGAGAUUAAGCGAGAAGAUGGGUGGACUAAGAGUCACUUCGAACGACGUUUUCUAUUACCCGAAGGUUUCCCGCCGGAGAGAGUGGAGUGUCAUUUGGAUAAAGGGAAGCUGAAGUUGGUGGCGUUCAGGGCGGAGCCUCUGACGGAAAGAAAGAUACCAAUUCAAGACAAGUCUGACAGUGAUAAGAGCUAGGACGGUGUAAACUAUAGGUAACUGUUGUGCAAUAUUUUUGUUAAUUUUAUUUAGACUGAUUCGGUUAGUUAUUUUAAGCAUUAGUAUUUGAAAAUAAAUGGUUUCAAUAAAUUGAA